GCAUGUCGACUCCCUCUUUUAUCGUGAGACUGUAUUUUUGUCGGAACAUAAUCGAUGUUUAAAUAACCUUUUAUCAGAGACUCAGGAACUAAUCAACAUGACUUCAUAAUGAGUGGGGCAAGCUGAGUGUGCGUGUAUUGUUCGCUAUGCCUCUCACAUGCCUUUAAAUAACGACCAGUGGGGGCUGGUUUGGUCCAAUCGCAGUUUGUGCUUAUUUUGACUUAUCAGGAAAUAUAAAGUCUCCCCGACACCGCUCACCUCUUACUUACAGUGUACCAUUAGACACAGGGAUUCCGGAACUGAGAUGAAUUUUCCUCCGACCUCAUAAACAGCCAGAGAAAAUCACCAGAAUUUUGAGGAAAAGUUUAGAAAAAAAAGAAGAAAGAAAUGCUAUCAAUGAAGACAAACAGAGAAAUGGAUAUAUACAAAAGGCAAUAUAAAUCUCAGGAAUUUGCACGUGAGCUCAACAAGCGAGAGCAGCGACGCCUCGACCAAGAGGUCGGUGGGAGGGGUGGGAUAGAGGCCGAGUACAGGUUCAACUUGGACAAGGUUAACCAGGAACGCAAGGAGAUAGAAAAGGAACUGAACAAAAUUCGCGGCGGCGUACACAAGCAGCUCGGCCAUCAUGCUACUUUAUCAAGCGACAAGAAAUUCUACCAUCCCAAAUUCAAGGACUUUGGGAUGAAAGACACGAGCGGCAGGAGUCCAAGAUUGCAAAGAAAGGCGCUCACAGACAGCAACUCACGUGAAAGAGAAUCGAGUCCAAUGGACGCCGAGAUGCUUAUUGAGUAUCUUCAGAAUUUCAAUAAAGAGCAUGCGCAAGAACAUAAUGCUAUUCUUGAUGGGAUCAAAGGUUCAGGUCGCUUCAAUCAAAAUAAAUAUAAUGAUCUUCCACAUGUGCAAAUAAAUCCAUUGAUAAUAUCAGAUCAGUCAGAGGUUAGUGAAGCGGAAAACGCAAAUGACUCUGAAGAACAGAAGCAAUAUAUACAAACAUUAAGUGACAGUCAGCCACAGGGCACUCUAUCUAACGGCCAGGCUGGUACGAAAGAAAUAUUCCUACAAAUCGAGAACAGAAGCGAAAGUGGAGAAACAACGAAUAUGAGUUCGCCGCGGCAUAACGCAGCCAGGCGUUUGUCGGCAGACAAAGGGAAUCACGUAACGCCAGGAGCAAGUUCUCCAAGACACAGCCCGACCAGACGACUUUCUAGUGACCAAGGAAAACACGUUAAUUCUGUAGCCAACGAUACUGUUUAUGGACACCCAAGACACAGCCCGACCAGACGACUUUCAAGUGACCAAGGAAAACACGUUAUUUCUGUAGCCAACGAUGCUGUUCAUGGACACCCAAGACACAGCCCGACCAGACGACUUUCAAGUGACCAAGGAAAACACGUCAAUUCUGUCGCCAACGAUGCUGUUCAUGGACACCCAAGACACAGCCCGACCAGACGACUUUCUAGUGACCAAGGAAAACACGUCAAUUCUGUCGCCAACGAAGCUGUUCAUGGACACCCAAGACACAGCCCGACCAGACGACUUUCUAUGGAUAAAGGAGUACACGCAUCGCCCAUUCAUAUCGAUGACGAGCCGACAGAGCAAUGGAAAGAGGUUACAGAGAUUGAAAAUGAAAAUGUUUUGAAAGAAGUUGAAACAGAAGAUGUGAAAAUACGACCCAUUGUUCCAUUGGAAUAUGUUGAAGUGGAACAAAAACCGAGCAAACUAGCUAUCGGCCCAGAAUCUUUUAACCCAGACGGAUCAUUGAAAACUAUGUAUACGGCACCAUCGUUUGAAUCGUCUUGGGAGGAAGCGAAAAAAGCUAGAUAUAUUAGAACCCGGGAACCUUUGGAUAGGGAUAGACAGUUGAGUGCUAAUGAAAUAUUUGACAAAACUUCAUAAACUGUUGGAAUUGAAGCCCGUAGAUGUACAGCCUAGUCUUUGUGAUUUUAUUUGUUCUUAAUUUAAAUUUCGUAACUCUACUAUCAAAUUGACUUACUGAAUAUAAUGUUAUCGGAAUACCUGAUCAAUCAGAUUGGAUGUUAUUAUAUAUUAUGAGUACUCCAUUUUACGAUUGAAUACGUUCAAUGAUUCAUUUUGAACUGGUUCCAUAAUUUGAUGCAUAAAUAUGUCAUUGUGAGAAUUUUUGGAUCCUAGAGCAGAAGACUGCCACCUAUCUUACAAUAAUAAGGUGGUCUGUGUCUUCCGUUACGAUGUAAGCUUAACAAUUUAAUGUUCAUGGACAGAGAGAAAUAAAACAUGGAAAGUGUUAAUUGAUUUUUUUGAUGAUGCUUGAAUAAAUCUUAUACGUCAACCAG